ACAAUGAAUCAAAAUGAAAACGCCCGCGUUAACGUGGUUCCUUUACGCCCUCACAAAUAUCUCCCCGUUCUCUCUCCAAACCACACACACAUACACACACAAACUCCUCUCCUAAACCAAAUCUUCUCUUACAAAUAUCUUCUUAUGUGUGUCUCAACUCUACUUUCGUUUCGGACAGCCGAAUUUCCGACUUUGACAACAUUAUUUACAAUACUAGUAGUAUUUUUAAUUAGUAGCGGAUCGAGAAUUUUAGUAACUUUAAGUAUGUAAUAGUGAAUUCGGAGUAAGUCGAAAUAUUAAAAGUUUGGUCGAGCGGUCGGGAUUUAUUUAUGGUAGGGAGUAGUUCGGUAGGUGCGCUUGUGCCAUCAGUGAAGUCGGAUCCGAUGGUGAUCGGUGGCGGUUCUGAAGCUCAAGCUGCUGGUGAGGAAGGCGGCGGGGACGAGGCGGCGAUGCAGGUGGCGCAGCCUUCGGUGGUGGGAGUGGAGGCGGUGGAGAUGGAGUCGAUGGAGAUGGACAAGGAUUUUUUGUGUCCGAUAUGCAUGCAAAUUAUUAAGGAUGCGUUUCUGACUUCUUGUGGACAUAGUUUUUGUUAUAUGUGUAUUGUUAUGCAUUUGGAGAAUAAGAGUAAUUGUCCGAGUUGCGGUCAUUAUCUUACCACCAAGCAGAUUCAUCCUAAUUUUAUCCUCAAUAAGUUAAUGACAAAGACUUCUGCUCGUCAAAUAGCCAAGACUGCAACUCCAUUUGAGCAACUUCGUCAGGCACUACAACAGGGAUGCGAGGUAUCAGUUAAAGAGCUGGACAUCCUCAUAAAUAUGCUUGCAGAGAAGAAGCGGAAAAUGGAGCAGGAAGAAGCUGAGACAAAUUUACAGAUAAUGCAUGAUUUUUUGCUAUGUCUGAAAAGGCAAAAGCUUGAAGAGCUCAACGGGAUACAAGCUGAGCUGCGUUACAUCAAGGAGGACAUAGGUGUCGUUGAGAGACAAAGAAUAGAUUUAUACCGAGCACGAGAAAGAUAUGCAGUAAAGCCGAAGAUGCUUACUGAGGAUGCUUCAACAAAAACAGCGUGGCCUUCAUUGGUUGAUAAACGCGGUAGUGGAAUAAUGUCUAGCCCUAAUGUGCAAGGUCAGAGCAGGAUGACAUCAGGCAGUUUGCAAGAUAGGAGAGCUGAUGCACUGGCUCUUAGAAGUUCACAAAUUUUCCAAAGGAAGGAUGCUUGUAGCGGAUCUGAUUCGCCACACAAUACGCAGUCAGGAGUCUCUGCAGCACGGAAGAGGCGGAUUCAUGCACAGUUUAAUGAGCUACAAGAAUGUUAUCUUCAAAAAAAGCGUCAGCGGGAUAGACAAGCACAUAAACAAGAACAGAGGGAAACAACAGCUGUAAGCAGAGAAGGUUUUAGUGCAGGACUUGAAGAUUUUCAGUCUGUUCUGUCUAGUUUUACACGCUACAGCCGGCUUCGGGUCAUAGCUGAACUUAGGCAUGGGGAUCUUUUUCAUGCUGCCAAUAUUGUAUCAAGUAUUGAAUUUGAUCGAGAUGAUGAAUUAUUUGCUACUGCUGGAGUUUCGCGUCGUAUCAAAGUGUUCGAGUUUAAUUCGGUGGUUAACGAAUCAGCCGAUGUGCAAUGCCCCGUCGUUGAAAUGUCUACACGUUCCAAACUUAGUUGCCUAAGCUGGAACAAGUACACUAAAAACCACUUGGCCAGCAGUGAUUAUGAGGGUAUUGUAACUGUCUGGGAUGUAAAUACUCGCCAGAGUGUGAUGGAGUACGAGGAGCAUGAGAAAAGAGCUUGGAGUGUUGAUUUUUCUAAAAUUGAGCCUUCAAUGCUUGUAUCUGGGAGUGACGACUGCAAGGUUAAAAUAUGGUGUACAAAACAGGAGGCGAGUGUCCUUAAUAUUGACAUGAAAGCAAAUAUAUGUUCUGUGAAGUAUAAUCCUGGAUCUAGCUUUCAUGUGGCAGUGGGCUCUGCUGAUCAUCACAUCCAUUACUACGACUUGAGAAAUAUAAGCCAACCUUUACAUGUCUUCAGCGGUCACAGAAAAGCUGUUUCUUAUGUAAAAUUUUUGUCGAACAAUGAGCUAGCUUCUGCAUCUACUGACAGCACAUUGCGGUUGUGGGAUGUAAAGGAAAACUUACCAUUGCGCACAUAUAGAGGACACACCAACGAGAAGAAUUUUGUAGGUCUCUCAGUGAAUAGUGAAUACCUUGCUUGCGGCAGCGAAACAAAUGAAGUGUUUGCAUAUCACAAGGACAUCUCUAAACCAGCCGCAUGGCAUAGAUUCGGUGCUGAUUCAGAAGAAGCCGAGGACGAUCCAGGUUCUUACUUCAUCAGUGCUGUUUGUUGGAAAAGUGAUAGUCCAACAAUGCUGACUGCAAAUAGUCGAGGAACAAUUAAAGUUCUGGUACUUGCUGCAUGAUUGGUAUACAUGUAAAAUGAAAUUUCAUAAUAAGAGUUAGUUUGUAGACUGGGAAAAUUGUCAUAUUAGGUUUGAAGGAUUCUUAUCCUCCCAAGUUCCGUUAAUAUGGGACUCGAAAAUUCCUGAAGACGGGUGUAUGUAAAUCAUGUCUUCCAUUAUUUUUUUUCCUUCCCUUAAUCAUUCUUUAAGAAUGUGUUGGCUGUUGCAAAGUGCAAUGCAUUGGUUGUCACAUUUUAAGAAGCAUUUUAUUUACAGGAAGUUGUCACAUUUUAA